AUGGCAUCCUCUCUAAAGAUCUGGGUCAUUGUCUUGACCCUGAUUUGCAUCCUAUGCAGGCUGUUUAUGCACAGAGAAGAUGUUUCCUGGCGAGAAUUCAUGAAACAGCACCACUUAAGUCCAAGCCGAAAAUUUGAUGAGUACAAAUGCAAUGUCCUCAUGAGGGAACAAGAAGCUCUGAAAGGCAAGAGCUCUCACGUGUUCAUCUAUGUCUCAGAGUACAAAAUCGGAAGUAUAUGCAUUAAUGGCAACUGGAGGGAGCGCUACAGAAAUACGUACGUUUGGCUCCAGAAUGCCCUCAAAGUACUCAGGUGCCACCAGGAGAAUGACAACAGUGGCUACAUAGAGAGCAGGAGCUUCAACUAUGUUGAAUUCCACUGUGGCACGGAUGGUCAUGUUGACAGCAUAGAGGACCUGAAGAUGGUGGAGCUUAUCAGUGACUAG